CGAAGCUGUCACCAUGGAUAGCACCAGGUGAAUUAGUCUCCUCAGGUUUCGAUUCAGUAUAACUGUUGGGUAUCCGCACAAUGAUACUCCGCACGAGAACUUGCAGCUUUGCAUAACUUUUCUCUACUGUCUACUUCUCUUAAUAUUGUUGUCCGUGCAACAAAUUCAAACUCAUUGCAAAGAUGGUCGCUGGUGGUAAUGCGGCGCCUGGCUUCUACGAUGCCGCUCUUCAACGUCGUCAGACCCUUAUGGGAGCCAGUGGGCCGGCUGCUCUGGUUAAAAAUGGCAAGGUCUUCAUGAUUGCCAUGUUUGCUUGUAUUGGUGGACUUCUUUACGGUUACAACCAAGGAGUCUUCUCAGGCGUAUUGACUAUGCCGUCUUUCCAACGACACAUGGGAAAUUAUGACUCCAAUGAUCCAGCAGAUCAGACCCGCAAGGGAUGGCUCACAUCAAUUCUCGAGCUCGGUGCUUGGUUUGGUACACUUCUCUCUGGUUUCUUGGCGGAGACUGCCUCGAGAAAGUACGGCAUCUUGAUAGCUACAUCUGUGUUCAUCUUGGGCGUCGUGAUCCAAACAACUGCUAUUAGUGCUGGACACAAUUCCAUUCUUGGAGGUCGGUUCAUCACUGGUAUGGGUGUGGGAUCUCUUUCCAUGAUCGUGCCCAUGUACAACGCAGAAGUCGCCCCACCAGAGGUUCGCGGGUCUCUGAUUGCCCUCCAACAGCUGGCUAUUUGUUUCGGAAUCAUGAUAUCCUUCUGGAUCGAUUACGGUACCAAUUACAUCGGCGGAAGUGGAGACUCUCAACACGAAGCUGCUUGGUUGCUCCCCAUCUGCCUGCAACUCUUCCCUGCAGCCGUCCUCUUCGCCGGUAUUCUUUUCAUGCCAUUCUCUCCUCGUUGGUUAGUCCACCAUAAUCGUGAGGAAGAAGCCAGGAAAGUACUCGCAAACCUGCGUGAUCUACCUCCCGACCAUGAGCUCGUCGAGCUUGAAUUUCUCGAAAUUAAGGCCCAGAGCAUGUUUGAGAAGCGCACAGUGGCGGAGCACUUCCCUCACUUGCGCGAGUUGACAGCAUGGAAUAUCUUCAAGUUGCAAUUCGUAGCAAUUGGGUCUCUGUUCAAGACGAGAGCUAUGUUCAAGCGUGUCAUCGUCGCUACCGUAACGAUGUUCUUUCAGCAGUGGACGGGCAUCAAUGCGAUUCUUUACUAUGCGCCCACGAUUUUCAAGUCCCUAGGUCUCUCUUCGAACACUACCUCUCUACUUGCUACUGGUGUCGUUGGUGUGGUCAUGUUCAUCGCAACCAUUCCUUCCGUCCUUUACAUCGAUAAAAUUGGCCGCAAGCCAAUCCUCACAAUCGGCGCUAUCGGUAUGGCAAUCUGCCACAUCAUCGUCGCAGCAAUCGUAGCAGCAGAUAGGUACUCGUGGGCAACGCACAAAGCAGCCGGCUGGGGUGCAGUGGUAAUGGUCUGGCUUUUUGUCGUUCACUUCGGAUACAGCUGGGGACCAUGCGCCUGGAUCAUCGUCGCCGAAAUCUGGCCCCUAUCCAACCGCCCAUACGGAAUCGCCCUCGGCGCAAGUUCCAACUGGAUGAACAACUUCAUCGUCGGCCAGGUAACGCCCGACAUGAUUUCUGGCAUCUCGUACGGCACCUACCUCAUCUUCGGCAUCCUGACAUUCGGCGGCGCAGCAUUCGUCUGGUUCUUCGUGCCCGAGACAAAGCGCUUGACGCUCGAGGAAAUGGAUGUAAUCUUCGGAUCGGAGGGUACGGCGCAAGCUGACUUCGAGAGAAUGGAGGAGAUUAAUAAGGAGAUUGGACUGGAUACGCUGUUGAGAGGUGCGGGGAGUGGCAGUGGCGUUGUUGGGACGGAGAAGGAGCACAGUGGCAGUGAGAAGGAACCCCAUCUUGAGGCUACGGCGGAGCAUGAGUAGGAGCAGACGACGAGCCCGGAGGUGCAGAAGUGAGGGUUGGGUGGAGGAGUGAGAAAAUCGAGAGAAAUAGGGAAAAGGGGGUUCUUUGUUGUGUGGCUUGGAGAA